AUGGAAUAAACCAAGAUUGUCAUGGAUCAGCUUAAAGCCUUCGAUCCAGAAAUUUCCAAAGGUCUCUAGUAACUUUUCUUUAAUGAUAAGCAAGAAAAGGUUCAGAAGUGGCAAAAACUAUUCGAAGACCCAGUAUUUUACCCCAAGUAUGAUAUCCCUCUCGAUGCUCAAAGACAAUUAGCCUACGAUAGACUGAAGAAAGUUAGUGAAGCUAAGUUGUUCUCCAUUUUUGAUUUCAAUAACGACCCAAAGAACUUACUAACUGCUCAUGAGAUGCUUGGCUACACUGAUGGGUCUCUUGCCACUAAAUUCACUGUGCAAUUCAAUCUGUUCGGAGGUACUUUAAUGGCAACCAGUACUGAUAGACAUAUGCCAUUUAUGAAGAAAGUAGAUGAUCUCACAAAUAUGGGUUGUUUCUGCUUUUCCGAGCUUGGAUAUGGAAACAAUGCCCCCAAAAUGGAGACUACUGCUCAUUAUGAUGAUAAGACUAAGACUUUCACUAUUCAUUCACCAACUACACUUUCAUAAAAAUAUUGGAUCACAAAUGGUGCUUGUCAUGCAAACCAAGCAAUCGUAUUUGCUUAAACCAUUGUAAAGGGCAAAAAUGAAGGAGUUAAUCCAUUCAUUGUGAGAGUAAGAGAUGAUAACAUGAAGCCAUGUGCUGGAGUAACUAUUGAGGAUAUGGGAUUCAAGAUGGGUCUCAAUGGUAUUGAUAAUGCCAAACUUAAGUUCAAUUAAGUUAAAAUUCCAAGAGAAAACAUGCUGAACAAGAUCAAUGACGUAACAGAGGCUGGAGAUUUUGUAUCACCUAUUCCCAAAGUUACUCAGAGAUUCUUCAAAGUGGCAGAUAGACUACUAUCUGGUAGAUUGUGCAUUGCUGCUAUGUGUCUCUCAACUUGCAAGAUGUGCUUAUGUGUUGCUGUUAAAUAUUCUCAGCAGAGACUAGGAGUUGGUCUUUCUGGUGAAUCUGAUACCCCAAUUAUGGCUUAUUAACUACAAUAGAACGCCUUAAUGCCAUUGAUUGCAAGGACUGCUGUCUUGAACUUCGGAUAUAAUGAUGCCAAGGAUCUAUUUGCCAAUCCAACUGGCAGAGAGUUCGAAUAGAUUAAAACUUUCUGUGUUGUUAAGACUAUGGUCGGAUGGCACUUGCAAAAUGCUGCAACUGUCUGCAGAGAAAGAUGCGGCGGUGGUGGAUUCACUGCUCAUGCCUAACUUCAUCAAGGUAUUGCUGGUGCUCACUCUGGAAUGACUGCUGAAGGUGACAACAGAGUAUUGAUGUAGAAAGUUGUUAAGGACAUCUUAGCUGAUCUACAAUAAAAGAGACAUAGACUCCCAGCAAUGACCAAGUGCCCAAGAAAAGGCAUUCCAUCUUAAGAUUUUAUUACAGAUCUUGAAACCCUUACUAAUCUCAUUUACUACAGAGAACAUGCCGAGAUUAAGAACAUGACUGACAUCUUAAAGAAGAAGAUUAUGGAAGAGGGCAAGAAAUUCUUCGAUGUUUGGAUGUAUGAGGUUUCAGAUGAAAUUUAAAAUUUGGCUACAGCUUUCGGAGAAAGAAUCUUCCUCGAAGGAGCACUUAAUAGACUAAAUGCUGCUAAAAGUGAUAAGUUGAAAGAAGUAUUGUUUAAGACCAUUAGAUUGCACUGCCUUCAUCAGCUGAAGGAAAACCUAGGAUGGUAUUUGAUGAAUGGAGUCAUUAAUGCGAAAGCAGCUAAGUAUGUAGAUGCUGACUACUAGCAAGCAGUUAAGGCCUUAGUCCCACACAUUAAUGAUAUCAUUGAAGCCUACGACUACCCAAGAAUUGCAGCUAUGAAUGCACCAAUCGCCAGAGACUAUGUCAAGUUCAAUGAGCAACCUGAUUCAGAGAAUGUCAAUGCAGCUGGAGGGUUAUUCGACUUCAAGAAAGGACCUAAGCUUUGA